AUGAAAUUUUGUGAAGUUUGUAACGUUAAAUAUGCUUCUGAUGCUGAAUCAGUUGAACUACAUGAGUCCGGAAAAAGACAUAUUCGAUUGACAGCAAGUUACAGAGAGUUGCAGGAUAUUGCUCAGAAAUCCAUUUACAUGAAAUGGCCAAUUAAGUUGGAAAUUUGCUUCAAAGAUCUAGAAAUAGAAGUUGCCAAGUUUGGUAGUGUUUCCCGCUUCUUACAUAAAGAAGGCACAAACUACGCUAUAGUUGAGUUCCAGAAUCCUACAAGCGCUCAAGCAGCCUUGAAUGCUUCCCAAAUAGAAUUAUCUCAGGGAACAAUCUCCGUUUUGAAAAGAGAACUCCAGUUCAAUAGCGAUGUGGAAGAUAAGAAAAUUAACUCGAAAGAAAUAGUGGAGGAGGCUGUAAAGGUACCAAUAUUGAAUGAAGAUACUUAUGAUGGUCAAAUCACAUGCAUCAUAAACCAUAUAGUUAUACCAGCUGAACAAAUGAAACUCAGACAGGGACAUAUGGACCGAUUGGAAGUUGAAAUGAACAAAUAUUUCUAUGGAGCAAAAAUCAAAAUGUUUGGUUCAAGUAUAACAACCAUUGGUACGAUUGACUCGGACGUUGAUGCAAGUUUGGAAUUCGAUACUAAUACUGAGUUUACUGAUUUUAAAAGAGAUAAAUACGCUUUGUUGACUGGAAACGCAGCGUUCUUUUCCGCAAACAAGAUAUCUCAAAAUGAAAUGAAGAAACUAUCUCUUGCUGAUCAAACACGUUUGCUCUGUAAAAUUCUGAAUGAGAUUAGAAAAAACGUUCCUUGGUUAGGUCAUCAGAGACCCGUUUUAGACGCUCGAUGUCCUGUAGUCAGAUUUACCAUGAAUAAGAAGUUGAUCGUUGAUUUAUCAUGCAACAACAUCCUCGGUCGAGCCAAAUCAGAAUACAUCCGCUCAUUGAUAGAAGCUGAUCAAAGUGGGAAUCUACGUAAACUUCUUCUGGCAUUCCGAUUUUGGGCUCUUACAAAUGAUCUCUUCGAACCAUUGCCCAAACAACAUAAAGGACAGUUCAAUGCAUAUAUGCUGAAUCUGUUAGUUAUCUACUUCCUAAUUCAGCGUAAAGCUGUGCCAGCGUUUUCUCAUUCUAACGUUUCGACGAUUCAUAAGUCUUACAGAAUUGACUUUGAAGUCCAACCGUACAAUCUGGAAGGUUUGCAUUUUCCAACUUUUUUCAAAGAGUUCUUCCUUUAUAUGGUUGACAUGAAAUCUGAAAGCUUCGUUCUAGUAGGUUUCUCACAAACACCAAUACCUAUCGACAAGUUCGAUGGGUUAGCUCCGGAGUCGUUCAAACUGGGAGUUCUAAACGUUCAGGACCCUCUCGAGUUAGGGCAUAAUGUUUGCCAGAAUGUUUGCCAGAAGUUGCUUUCUCGAAUGAGAAGACGUAUGACAUACUCGUUAGGCAAGCUGAAGCAUGCCCGACACAGGUUCAGCGAUCUUCUGUCCCUAGAGGAAAAUAAGGUGGAGUCGAAGUUCCCUCCAUUAACUGUUCGACUAUGUGGUGUCGAUGAAAAACUUGAUGAUAAGUCGGAAAAGCGGGCUAGAGAAUACGUUCAGGCUUUAUGUGAAGAGAUCCUCGGAUUUGAAAUUUUCACUCAGCCAGCAAAGAAAAGAUCAAAAACAAUUGAGCACAGUUAUGAGGAAUAUGAGAAUUACGGUAUCAAUGCCGAAUGUUGGGUUGGUCGCAGAAGCAUGAAGAAGAAAGUAGCAGAAAAGUAUCGCGCUGAGAACGGGAAAGAAAUAGUAGGCUUUGAGUUGGAAAAAGAGAUCACUAGAACGAUCCUAAGAGAAACCGAAUUCCCAGACGAACAUCUUGGAACAGCAAUGGUUGGCAUGGAACAGAAUGGAAACGAUAUACUAUGGAAAAUAGUGCCCAUAAGUGGUCCAGACACCCUGUUCAAUAACAUUACACAUUUCCUGGAAACUUUUGUUAGUAACUAUGAGAGAGACGUAAUUCGAGCUCUCACAGAUCAGGAGCCGAUGGAGGAAUAA